AUGGACACCUUGCUCCGGGGCGAUGGCUUCAAGUGUUGCUCUUCGAAUCUCUCAUAUUACAAAUUCCCCCUGUUGCUGGAUUAUCUGAACCUCGACAUUUCAAUCUCGAAAAUGACGUUCCAACCCGCUAUCAUGAGUGCCUCCUUAGGGCGAGCUUGGAUCCAUGACUUCGGUUACAAGAUGGAGCAAGCUUCGAAAGCAGGUUUCAAGGGAAUAGAGAUAUUUUACGAGGACCUCAAUUAUCUCGCUCGCAGCAUCUCUGGCAGCGAUGAGCCCACUCCCGAUCAUCUGUUGCAGGCAGCUGAUCAAAUUCAUUCCGAAUGUCAGACUCGGGGUCUCGAGAUCAUCGCCCUCCAGCCAUUUCUAUUUUACGAGGGCCUAAAGGAUCGAAAGCAGCAUGCAAGUUUGAUCGAGAAAAUGAAUUUCUGGCUGCAGAUCGUCCAGCGACUAAACACCAAGACCAUACAAAUCCCUGCCAACUUUCUCCCUGCAGACCACCUCACCGAUGACAUUGAUGUCAUAGUUGCCGACCUGAGACAAGUGGCGGAUAUGGGUGCGGCUCAAACCCCUGUUGUCCGUUAUGCGUAUGAAAAUUUGUGCUGGAGCACGGUCAAUGACACCUGGGAGAAGGCUUGGGAGGUGGUCAAACGGGUUGACCGUCCGAACUUCGGUAUAUGCUUGGACACCUUCAACAUUGCAGGAAGGGUUUGGGCCGAUCCCGCCUCCAGUACUGGAAAGACGGCCAAUGCGGACGUUGAUUUAAGGGAAUCUCUCCAGAGACUAGUCACUGAAGUCGACGUGACCAAAGUGUUCUAUCUCCAGGUUGUGGAUGCCGAAAGGAUGGAGUCGCCGCUCGUUCAAGGUCAUCCCUUCCAUGUUGAUGGUCAACCAUCGCGAAUGAACUGGUCGCGAAAUGCAAGGACCUUUAUGUAUGAGGAAGAUCGCGGGGCAUACCUUCCUUCUGAGGAGGUUGCAAAAGCGGUUGUGUCUGGACUGGGAUACAAGGGAUGGGUCUCGAUGGAAUUGUUCUCGAGAACAAUGUCCGACGAGGGGAAGAAUGUGCCUGAUCUACAUGCGCGAAGGGGUAUCGCUGCUUGGGAGAAACUACAAUACAGGCUUCAACUAUAG